AUGGAAUGUCAGCUGUGGAACCAUAAAGUGUUAGCAGUAUUAAUAGAUGUUAUUAUCAGUAUUCGGGGAACAAGCAUAACUUUGUCAGUUCUGCUUAGUACGUGUUUUUGUGUUUUGUGGACUGGAAAGUUUGUUUGCAGAUGCACAGGUGAAAGUCAUAUCUCCCGCCUGCACUUACAUCCUCAAAGCAUAACCACAAAAUUGGGAAGAGGCAAAAAUGCACAGCAUUUAUGUCAUCAUUAUUGUCUGGUCAUUCACAAAGGUGCUGUGAUCAAAACCGGCAGGCCAUAUCGGUCGAGGAGCGGCGUUCGCUUAGCUUAG